CAACGCGUCAAUGACGAGCCUCGAGAGUCCGCGUUGAAAACAAACUCCUCUCCCACACACGAGGACGACGUUGUCCAAGAAGCUUCUGUUGCUGAAGAAAAACCUCAACGUAGAAAACGCCGAUAUCCCCGACACAGGAAUCGCCGUCGGUUUUACGAUGACAACGGCGCCUCUUUCAACGCGAACGAUGGUCGUUAUUACGACGGAUACACAACAACUGAGUUUCGACCGGCCCGUGUCCACAGACGACGGGUUGAUUUCGACUACGAUCAAAAUCGAGCGUGCGGAGUUCGACGAAGACUCACGUUCGACGAAGAUGACGACAGGACGACCGAAAACCUACGGGGUUUUAUCAAGGCUCGACUGGGCGGACCGAUGGUCUAUCGCCGGCAGUUUGAUGACACGCCGCGGAUCUCGGUCAAGAAUCGAUUGGGUGUCCGCUGCAACACCAACGAUAAACAACCGCUUGGGGUCGCUCGUUUGAACGGUGUUCACCGACGGCUCGGUUUCGACCAUCGGAGCCCAACGAGGAGAACUCCACCGCACGAACCAACGUUGCGACCUUCAAUCAAGGAUCGUCUCGGGACGAGACUCGGCGACUAUACAGACGCGCGUCGACAUCGACGAUUCCUGGCCGGAGGGAACCCCCGCCGCGAUUCAUCGAAUGGACAAUACGACGGGGAUUUGCGACGCGCACCCCCGUCCCAAAAAAUCCGUCACUGGUUCGAAAAAUAUGGAGGUCGAAACCGCAGAAUGUGGUGAUUUU